CGGCAGGUGAGGGGGAGACGUGGGGGGUGGGGAGUGGAGUGGAGUGGAGGGGUUUCGGCGGGGAUGUGGGAGGUGGCGUGGAGGCCCGGGACGUGGGGCGGGCUGGCGAUGCGGGUGGGGCAGGUCGCCUUCGCCGGCGCCUCCAUCGGCGUCAUGGCGUCCGGGACCGGCUUCGCCAACUACACUGCCUUCUGCUACUUGAUUGCAUCAAUGGGAUUACAAUCAUUGUGGAGCUUGGGACUUGCAUGCCUUGACGUGUAUGCCUUGACAGUCAAAAGGGAUCUAAACAAUGCUCUUCUUGUGAGCUUAUUUGUCAUUGGAGACUGGGUAACAGCACUUCUGUCCUUCGCUGCAUCUUGCUCAGCUGGAGGUGUUAUGGUUCUCUUUAAAAGGGAUGUGCUUUUCUGCAGAAGGUAUCCACAAUUGCCUUGUGGGAGAUUUGAACUUGCUGUAGCGCUUGCUUUUUUGUCUUGGGCACUUAGUGCUACAUCAGCUAUCAUCAUGUUCUGUCUCCUGGCUGCAUUCUAAUCUUGCAUAUAAUCCUGUGUAAGUUCUGUUUAUAGUGCUGGGGUUUUUUUUUUCUGCUUUAUCUUGUUAGGUUUGCUUUUGUAUAGGAUGAUUUUCAAGAAUAUGUAGUGAACCACACGACCGAAAAGUGGUAAUGCUGGGGAAGUUCAUAAGUCAAUUGGAGUGAACAUUUCCUUGAAACUACUGAAUCGAAGAUUUGAUCGAAUUGUUCAGGUUUUUCA